UUUUUUUUCUCGUCAGUUAAAAAUAUGCACUUGGUCUUUUUCACUUUCUUUCCUUCUUUCAUAUAAAAUUAUUAUCUUUGAAUUAGACGCGAAUUUAUUUUUAAUAUAUUAUACACCAUUGACAGACUCAUGGAAUAUCCUGGGUACUCAUCAGAACUAUUCGAUCUAGAUCCUAUCGAAAAGGAAGAUGAAUUGGAUCUGGAACUAGCAAAAUAUUACAAUCAAUAUUGUUCUGAAACGAAUGACAAAUCUGAAAGAGAACAUCAUAAUUAUAUACAAGAAAAGGCUUCAAGAAGUAAAACGGAUUAUAUGGAAAUAGUAUCAGCUCUUCUCUAUGGUAUUCUUACAAAUCCCGAAACUGCACAACAUCAUUUUCAAAGUAUAUCUCUUGUCAACAGAGAUCAAUAUACCAUGCUAUUCAGUCGACUCUUUCCCUUGGUUACUUCGAUAAAGUUUGCAAGUCUCAAAAUACGUACCAAAGAUCAGUUGUUAUGGCUCUAUAAUGAAUUAACCAAUCUCAAUAUUCCAUCAUUGGAAGGACUUUACCUCUGUCUACUACGACAAAUCAAAGGUGGCGACUUGUCUCCUCCUAAUAUUCGAUUAUGCGAUCAAAUUUUGAAACUAUUAGAAACUCAUCCUUCUUGGCUUGAUGCUUAUCCUCGUGUUACUUCCGUAGCUGUAUAUACUUAUCUUCGACUCAUUACCGAACACCGUCCUAUUCAACUAACCAGUUUACAACAAAGGGAAAUUCGUUUCGUCAUCACUUUACUUAGACAAAAGUGGCAUGAAUGCUCUAGUAUAGGUCGUGAUUUGAUUAGAGGUCUUCAUGAUGUAUACCAUUUACCUGAAUUCAGGUCUUUUUGGAUUGAUAUGUUAGAACACCCUCAAAAGAUAUCACCUAAUUUUCAAGGCAUCGAAAGUGUAUUGAAAACACCAACAUCAAAAGACUUUUUACGUGCCCGACUGACACCAGAUAUGGAACAUAAACUCAUGUAUAUUCUUCAACAUUUACGUAUUGGACAAUUUCAAAGAAAUCUAGGAUGGUUUAUUCAACGUUUUUUAUCUACUCCUGAAGCUGAACCUUUUUAUACGGAUAUCAUUCGAUUCAUCGUCGCUGGCUGGUAUCCAAACAAUCAAAUAUUACAAAGUGAUAUUGUUCCUCGAUAUGUUGUGAUUGGUAGUAUGAUUCGUGCUAUCAAGAGUACAGUAGUGGCCGCUAAUGUUAAAACUGCUCUUAUCUAUGAUUGGCUCUUCUUUACACCUACUGACAAUAUCAUGUUCAUCGAACCUGCUAUGCUACUAAUUGAACGAUCAGCCGAACGGUACCCUUACAUCACUGCAAGUCUUAUAGAAUUUAUCAAUCAAUCUAUCCUAGAAUAUUACAAACCCAUGACAGAUUAUAUGAUGAAAUGUGUUAAAUGUGGUAUGCAAUUGAUGCUUUCCAAAUCUGUUAUCCGGAGUCUAUUAUUUAUAUACCAAUGUCCAUCCACCGAUCAGUACACAAAACAAAUUAUGCACACUUUAUUCGAAGAGUUUUUGCAAGAACCUCGUCAACCAACAACAUCAUCAUCAUCAUCGUUAUCAUCAAUAGCAACAACAGCAACAUCAACAACAACAACGGAUACAGCCUUAGAUACAUCAACAGUGAAUAAACUCGACAAUAGAGAAGAAUCGACAGUAGCAUCAAAACUUAUAAGUACUCAAGGUACUGAAAUGAUUGAUCAAGAUGAAGAUGAUAUGGACAAAUAUUUAUAUGGUGAACAUGAAACCUCAGAAACGAUGACUGUGGAUAUGAAUGGUCAAGAUGACAAUGUGAAUCAAGAUUCAAAGGAUAGAAUCACCAACAUAGAAGAGAAAAAGUCAACGUUCACAUCAUCAAUAGACACAGAAGAAGUAUCAUUAUAUGAAACAGAGAAAUCGUCUACAAUUAUGGAAUUAGAUAAUAUUCCUGAUGACUCCAAGUCAACACAUACAGCGACUACGAUAGAAUCGAGCGAUCAGACUCAACAACAGCAGGAACAAAUCAUCAAGGAAGAUACUUUUGAUAGUGGAAGCGAUUUUACUGAUGAUGAAAAUGAAAAAACUGAAGGUGAUGGUUCUUCCUCAGAGACCGCUAUGCAAUCACAUCAAUCGUAUUGGCUCUUUGGGGAUGCUCUGACAAGAUUCAAAACAGCAUGUGGCACUUUACUUUCGAACCAACUUGAUGUCGAUGACGAAGAAUUCAGUGUCCAACUCAUUAUUGCGAAACGAAGUCUGAAAGAAAUCCUAGCUGUCUUUUUACGUAUGUCUAUCCCUGCCGAAACAUUAGCUCCCAGUAUUGGUCGACCUAUUGUGAAAUUAGCCUCUCGUCUUUUGAUAGAAAAAUCUCACACUGACUAUAACAAGGAUGACAUGACAGAAGAUGAUGUUAUUAUGGAUACAAACAAAGAUCCUUUGGAUUUAAUUCUUCUUGUGUACUGGCAGACAAAAGAAGAUGCUGCUACAAAGGAAAAGAUGGUCCAUCUCUUAGGUUAUAUGAUGCAUAGAUGUCGUGUAGGCAAGAAACAUGUUUUGGGUAUGAGAUGGUGGCUCUUUAUUGCAAGUCAACUGAAAAGCAACACUUACCUUAUGACAUUGGACGAAUCGGACGAUUGGACAUCAUUGGUAUCAAGAUGUUAUGAGGAAUACGUAUUACAAGAUUUUGACUCUAGUGCUGAUAUGGAAGAAAAGGAUUAUCUUGGACAUAUUUUAUUCAAAGAUCUCAGGUUACUUUCAAGGUACAACAUUGAAGCAUUCCACAAGGUGUUACCACUUGUCUAUCACCGACUUUCUCUCGCUACUACUGGCAACAUUAAUUUACUAAAACUAAUGUCCCAUAUGGCACUUCCUGAUCAGAUUGGUGAACUUGUUUGUACUUUACGACUGGGGACGAUUAGGGUAUUUGGUGACACCUUUGAUACGACAUACCUUGGGGCAACAUUUGAAAAAAGUGAUAUUUAUGAAGCAUCUGCGGUAUGGCAAGUAUUGGCAGCAGAAGUACAAACGUCAACACAUCUGGGUGAUUAUUUGGCCAAAUCUGACUUUAUCCUUCCAUGUCAAAAUCAUUUUCGACCUGAUAUUGUACCUUACUUGUUGACAGUUUUAUCCAGUAUAUCACCGACAGAAUCACUUUUACAAUGCAUUAUUCAAAUCUCGUGUCAAACAUCGUUCAACCAUCCAACGGCAAGACGCCAAUUCUCAUUGUUAGUGAUAAAGACAUGGCAUGGUAGAUACCCUGAACAAUUACAAGACGUGCUUGUAGCAUGGACAAAAUUUAUAUUGGAUGAUUUACAAAUGAAAGACGAUGCAUCUGAUGACCUGUACAAAAUGGCCUCUCUACUGAUACAACUGUUACGGUUAUGGUGGAAAGAAGAGGAUGCGACUUCAAGAUAUAGUAAGAAUGAUAGAUCAUUUUGUUCUAUUGUACUAAACUCACACUUUUUUAGGAUCAUAUAUGCAAAAUAAAACAUUGAUGACCAAUUUAGAAAACAUGGCAACUAUUGUGAAUCAAUCUUGGCCAAUGGAAUGGAAACAAGUCUUGGAAAACAUCCCUCCACGUAAAAAGAUUAGAAAAGUGAUUAGUAGUAGUGAUGAGGAAUCAGAUUAAAAUAGAUAUAGAUAGAUAGACAGAUAGUUUGGUUCAAUAAAGGACAUUAUUGUACAUACCGUA